AGCAUCAUGAAGUUGUUACUCCUCCUUGCUCUCUACGCGGUCGUAAUCGUCCAGAGUCUCAAAGAGCUAGAAAAUCCAAAGUUAUUCGAAGGAGACAUUCUAUUAAAACCUAGACAAGCGGCUGCAAUCAGGAUGGGUGGCUUUGGAAGAGCUGCAAAUAUUGGUCGACGGUGGCCUGGUGGUGUUAUGGUUGUGUAUGUUCAUCCUGCAUUACGCCGAAAUCGCAGAGCCCGCAGAGCUAUACAGCUGGGAUUGUGGGAGUGGCAGUCGAAGGCAUGUAUUAAAUUCAGGGGAAGGAGGAAAGGAGAACGUUCCUAUGUCAACUUUGUACCUGGCCGUGUAUGUGCAUCCACUGUGGGGAGAUCUGGAAGGCGCCAAGACCUUAUUCUUGCCCGUGGAUGUUGGGACAAAGGAAGAGUAGCUCAUGAAGUUGGUGAGGUUGCUUUAAAUUCGAUUUAA